CCAACUAAUCCAAACCAAACAAUGAACCAAAAUUUAAUUGCACCAUUUUCUACCCCAUUACUUCUUCUGUGAAGUAGAGCAAAAAAAACAAUCUUGUAUUUCAGAUUUGUACCUUCACAUUGUUGUCUCCUCUCAAUUCUUGAACCAUAUUGCUUCACACUGCCCAAUCAGAUUGAAAAAAUUCACAUUCUUUAAUUCUUUCUCUAAAAGAUUGAAACUUUCUGCAAAUUUUUGACACCCCACUUCAUAUUACAGUGUGAAUUAGCUAUUUUUGCUAUACGGCCAAAAGCAGCCCUUUUUGAAAUUGUACAUUCCCUCUUGGUUGCAACAUGUCGGAAGCUCAAAGGAUGCCAACAAUGAUCGGGAUCAAGAGUGGAAAUGGACACGUCAAUGGUGCACUUCCAUUGAGGUCUCCAAUGGCUAGAGCUGAAGUUGCUGAGUUCUGUAAUGCCCUUGGUGGGAAGCGGCCUAUUAAUAGUAUCUUAAUUGCAAACAAUGGAAUGGCAGCUGUCAAGUUUAUACGUAGUAUUAGGACGUGGGCAUACGAGACAUUUGGUACAGAGAAGGCAAUUUUGUUGGUUGCAAUGGCUACGCCCGAGGACAUGAGAAUAAAUGCAGAGCACAUUAGAAUAGCUGAUCAGUUUGUAGAAGUUCCUGGUGGGACGAAUAACAACAACUAUGCCAAUGUGCAGCUCAUUGUGGAGAUGGCAGAGAUGACUCAUGUUGAUGCAGUUUGGCCUGGUUGGGGUCAUGCAUCGGAAAAUCCCGAACUGCCAGAUGCAUUGAAUGCAAAGGGGAUCAUAUUUCUUGGGCCACCAGCUAUGUCAAUGGCAGCACUAGGAGAUAAAAUUGGUUCAUCUUUGAUUGCUCAAGCAGCAGAAGUACCCACACUCCCAUGGAGUGGCUCCCAUGUGAAAGUUCCUCCGGAAAGCUGUUUGGUCUCUAUCCCAGAUGAAAUAUAUGCUAAAGCAUGUGUUCAUACGACGGAAGAAGCAAUUGCUAGUUGUCAAGAUGUAGGUUAUCCUGCAAUGAUCAAGGCAUCCUGGGGCGGUGGUGGUAAAGGCAUAAGAAAGGUUCAUAAUGAUGACGAAGUUAGGGCACUAUUCAAGCAAGUUCAGGGUGAAGUUCCUGGCUCCCCAAUAUUUAUAAUGAAAGUUGCUUCUCAGAGUCGGCAUCUAGAAGUCCAAUUACUAUGUGACCAAUGUGGCAAUGUUGCAGCAUUACACAGCCGUGAUUGUAGUGUUCAAAGGCGACACCAAAAGAUAAUUGAGGAGGGCCCAAUUACAGUAGCUCCGCUAGACACAGUGAAAAAACUUGAGCAGGCUGCUAGAAGACUGGCCAAAAGUGUCAAUUACAUUGGAGCUGCCACUGUUGAGUAUCUUUACAGUAUGGACACUGGAGAGUACUAUUUCUUGGAACUCAAUCCUCGGUUACAGGUUGAACACCCUGUAACUGAAUGGAUAGCAGAAAUAAACCUGCCAGCGGCUCAAGUCGCUGUUGGAAUGGGAAUUCCUUUGUGGCAAAUUCCAGAAAUAAGGCGAUUCUAUGGAAUGGAACAUGGUGCCGGAUAUGAUGCUUGGAGGAAAACAUCUAUUGUUGCGACACCAUUUGAUUUUGACAAGGCUGAGUCGACAAGGCCAAAAGGUCAUUGUGUGGCUGUACGUGUAACAAGUGAGGAUCCUGAUGACGGUUUUAAGCCUACCAGUGGUAAAGUACAGGAGCUGAGUUUUAAGAGCAAACCAAAUGUGUGGGCGUACUUCUCUGUCAAGUCUGGUGGAGGCAUUCAUGAAUUUUCAGAUUCUCAGUUUGGACAUGUUUUUGCUUUUGGAGAGUCCAGAGCCCUGGCCAUUGCAAAUAUGGUCCUUGGACUGAAGGAAAUCCAGAUCCGAGGAGAGAUUCGUACAAAUGUUGAUUACACAAUUGAUCUAUUGCAUGCUUCAGAUUACAGAGAAAAUAAGAUACAUACCGGCUGGUUGGACAGUAGAAUUGCCAUGAGGGUUAGAGCAGAAAGACCUCCUUGGUAUCUUUCUGUGGUUGGAGGAGCUCUUUAUAAAGCUUCUGCAAGUGGUGCAGCCUUGGUUUCUGAAUAUAUUGGUUAUCUUGAAAAAGGACAAAUCCCACCCAAGCAUAUUUCCCUUGUGAGCUCUCAAGUCUCACUAAACAUUGAAGGGAGCAAGUACACAAUUAAUAUGGUGAGGGGAGGACCAGGAAGCUACAGGUUGAGGAUGAAUGAGUCAGAGAUCGAAGCAGAAAUACAUACUCUGCGUGAUGGAGGACUACUGAUGCAGCUGGAUGGAAACAGUCAUGUUAUAUAUGCAGAGGAGGAAGCAGCUGGAACUCGCCUUCUAAUAGAUGGAAGAACAUGCUUGCUGCAGAAUGAUCACGAUCCGUCAAAGUUAAUUGCGGAGACACCUUGCAAACUUCUGAGAUAUUUGAUGUCUGACGGUAGUCAUGUUGAUGCUGACACACCUUAUGCAGAGGUUGAAGUGAUGAAGAUGUGCAUGCCCCUUCUUUCACCUGCUUCAGGAGUUAUCCAUUUUAAGAUGUCUGAAGGUCAAGCAAUGCAGGCUGGUGAGCUUAUAGCAUCACUUGAUUUAGAUGACCCUUCUGCAGUAAGAAAAGCAGAGCCUUUUCGUGGAAGCUUUCCUAUUUUGGAACCUCCAACUGCCAUAUCUGGAAAAGUUCAUCAGAGAUGUGCCGCAAGUCUUAAUGCAACAAGGAUGAUUCUUGCCGGAUAUGACCAUAAUGUUGAUGAUGUGGUUCAUAACUUGCUAAGUUGCUUAGACAGUCCUGAGCUUCCAUUUCUACAGUGGCAAGAAUGCCUCUCCGUACUGGCAACACGACUUCCGAAGGACCUCAGAUAUGAGUUGGAAGCAAAAUAUAAGGAAUAUGAGGGGAUUUCGGGCUUGCAAACUGUCGACUUCCCUGCUAGAAUUCUGAGAGGUGUCCUUGAGGCUCACCUAAGAACCUGCUCAGAAAAAGAAAAAGGAGCUCAAGAAAGAUUAGUUGAACCUUUAAUGAGUCUCGUCAAGUCUUAUGAGGGUGGAAGAGAGAGCCAUGCCCGUGGUAUCGUCCAUUCCCUUUUUGAAGAGUAUCUAACUGUUGAAGAAUUGUUUAGUGACAAUAUCCAGGCUGAUGUGAUUGAACGUCUCCGGCUUCAAUAUAAGAAAGAUCUCUUGAAGGUUGUCGACAUAGUGCUUUCUCAUCAGGGUGUUAGGCGUAAAAAUAAGCUUAUACUUAGUCUGAUGGAGCAACUGGUAUAUCCCAAUCCUGCAGCAUACAGGGAAAAACUUAUCCGUUUCUCAGCACUCAACCAUACAAAUUAUUCCGAGCUGGCACUGAAGUCCAGUCAACUCCUCGAACAGACUAAACUGAGUGAACUACGUUCGAGUAUUGCCAGAAAUCUUUCUGAGCUGGAGAUGUUCACUGAAGAAGGUGACAGCAUGGAUACUCCUAAGCGAAAAAGUGCCAUCAACGAAAGGAUGGAAGUUCUAGUGAGUGCUCCGUUAGCAGUCGAAGAUGCACUUGUAGGCCUUUUUGAUCACAGUGAUCACACCCUUCAGAGGCGGGUUGUGGAGACUUACAUUCGUAGACUCUAUCAGCCUUACCUCGUUCAAGGGAGUGUGAGGAUGCAGUGGCACAGAUCUGGACUAAUAGCUACAUGGCAGUUUAUGGAAGAGCAUGUGGAGAGAAAGAGUGGGUCUGGAGGAGACAACGUGAUAGUAAAACCGUUAGUUGAGAAACACAGUGAGAGAAAAUGGGGAGCCAUGGUUAUUAUCAAAUCUCUCCAACUCUUGCCAACAGUAUUAAAUUCUGCAUUAAGGGAGACUGCGCAUGACUUGCAUGCAGAGAUGUCGAAUGGAUCGACUCAACCAGUCAGUCAUGGUAACAUGCUGCACAUUGCAUUGGUGGGCAUCAACAACCAAAUGAGUUUGCUUCAGGAUAGUGGUGAUGAAGAUCAGGCUCAAGAGAGAAUUUACAAGUUAGCCAAAAUACUGAGAGACAAAGAUGCGAGCGCCAGCCUUAAAAGUGCAGGUGUAGGGGUUAUCAGCUGCAUCAUACAAAGAGAUGAAGGGAGGGUGCCAAUGAGGCACUCCUUUCACUGGUCAACAGAGAAGCUAUAUUAUGAGGAGGAGGCUCUACUGCGUCAUCUAGAGCCUCCUCUAUCCAUUUAUCUUGAAUUGGAAAAGCUUAAAAUCUAUGAUAAUAUAAAGUAUACUCCAUCCCGGGACCGUCAGUGGCACCUCUACACUGUUGUAGACAAGCAGAAUCCAAUCCAGAGGAUGUUUCUCAGAACACUUGUAAGACAACCAACAGAUGAUGGUUUACUAGCGUAUCAAGGAUUAAAUCAGGGAACGGCUCAUUCCUCUUUGAAUUUGCCGUUUACUUCAAGGAGCAUAUUGAGGUCCUUAAUAUCUGCACUGGAAGAGCUUGAACUUAAUCUCCAUAAUUCAACUCUCAAAGCUGACCAUGCUCAUAUGUACUUGUAUAUUUUACGAGAGCAAGAGUUUGAUGAUUUGUUGCCAUACCACAAGAGGGCAGACGUAAAUAACGAGCACAAAGAAGCGGAAGUUCAGAAAAUCUUAGAAGAGCUAGCUCAUGAAAUCAAUGCUUCUGUUGGUGUGAGGAUGCACAGGUUAGGCGUUUGUGAGUGGGAAGUGAAACUUUGGAUAUCAUCUGCAGGAGACGCAACUGGUGCUUGGAGGAUUGUGGUUGCGAAUGUGACAGGUCACACCUGCAUUGUGCAUAUUUAUCGAGAAGUGGAAGAUACAGGUGUACAAAGAGUAGUGUAUCAUUCAGCUAUUGGCCAUGGUCCUUUGAAUGGAGUGCCAGUAACAGCACCUUAUCCACCGCUGGCUGUGCUCGACCAGAAACGGCUUUUAGCCCGCAAGAACGACACCACUUACUGCUAUGAUUUUCCACUGGCAUUUAAAGCAGCACUGGAGAAGUCUUGGGCAAGUCAUAAUCCUGGAACAGACAAGCCUAAGGACAAUGUCCUCUUGAAAGUCACAGAGUUAACUUUUGUUGACAAAAAAGGAAGCUGGGGUACUCCUCUUGUCCCUGUGGAGCGCCAGCCUGGAUUCAAUGACGUCGGCAUGGUGGCAUGGAUUAUGGAAAUGUCUACUCCUGAGUUCCCUACGGGCAGGAAAAUUCUUGUUGUAGCAAAUGAUGUCACCUUCAUAAAUGGAUCUUUUGGCCCAAGCGAGGAUGCAUUUUUCCAAGCAGUGACUGGUGUUUCUUGCACACAGAAACUGCCACUUAUUUAUUUAGCAGCAAAUUCAGGGGCUCGUAUUGGUGCAGCUGAGGAGGUAAAAUCUUGCUUUAAAGUUGGAUGGUCUGAUGAAUCGAACCCCGAGCGUGGUUUUCAGUAUAUAUACUUGAUUCCUGAGGAUCAUGAACGUAUCAAAUCUUCUGUCAUGGCACAUGAAUUGAAGCUGUCAAAUGGAGAAGUUCGAUGGGUGAUAGAUACUAUUAUUGGAGAAGAGGAUGGCCUGGGUGUUGAGAACUUAAGUGGCAGUGGAGCCAUUGCAAGUGCUUAUUCUCGGGCAUACCAUGAAACAUUUACCUUGACAUAUGUAACCGGGAGAACAGUUGGAAUAGGUGCUUAUCUUGCUCGUCUUGGUAUGCGGUGUAUACAGAGGCUUGAUCAGCCAAUUAUUCUUACUGGUUAUUCUGCACUUAACAAACUUUUGGGCCGGGAAGUUUAUAGCUCCCACAUGCAACUUGGCGGACCUAAAAUUAUGGGAACUAAUGGUGUUGUUCAUCUGACUGUCUCUGAUGACCUCGAGGGGAUAUCAAAGAUUUUAAAUUGGUUGAGCUUCGUUCCGCCAUAUUCUGGUGGUCCACUUCCUAUUUCAACUCCAUUGGAUCCUCCACAGAGACCUGUUGAGUACUUCCCAGAGACCGCAUGUGAUCCACGUGCUGCCAUCUCUGGCCACACGGAUGCAAGUGGAAAGUGGCUGGGGGGCAUUUUUGACAAGGAUAGCUUCAUUGAGACACUGGAAGGUUGGGCAAGAACUGUUGUGACAGGCAGGGCAAAACUCGGAGGAAUCCCUGUAGGAAUAGUUGCUGUUGAGACACAAACUAUGAUGCAAGUAAUCCCUGCCGAUCCUGGACAGCUCGAUUCUCACGAAAGGGUUGUCCCUCAAGCAGGGCAAGUAUGGUUUCCUGACUCUGCAACUAAAACAGCUCAAGCAUUGAUGGACUUAAAUAGGGAGGAGUUACCUCUUUUCAUUCUUGCCAACUGGAGGGGCUUUUCCGGUGGACAGAGGGAUCUCUUUGAAGGUAUCCUUCAGGCAGGAUCAACCAUUGUUGAGAACCUUAGAACGUACAAACAGCCUGUUUUUGUUUACAUCCCUAUGAUGGGUGAACUCCGUGGUGGGGCAUGGGUGGUUGUGGAUAGUAAAAUCAAUUCAGACCACAUUGAAAUGUACGCAGAACGGACAGCCAAGGGAAAUGUCCUUGAGCCAGAAGGUAUGAUUGAAAUUAAAUUCAGAACAAAAGAACUACUGGAGUGCAUGGGUAGGCUUGACCAACAGCUUAUAAAUCUCAAGUUAAUGCUUCAGGAAGCCAGGACUGCAGGAGUAUACACUAAUGUUGAGGCCUUACAGCAGCAAAUUAAAACACGUGAGACACAGCUUUUGCCAGUAUACACGCAGAUAGCUACAAAGUUUGCAGAAUUGCAUGAUACUUCGUUAAGAAUGGCAGCGAAGGGGGUGAUCCGUGAAGUAGUAAAUUGGGAAACUUCUCGUUCAUUCUUUUACAGACGUCUGCUUCGAAGAGUGGAGGAGGAGAUGUUGGUCAAAACUGUGAGGAAUGCUGCAGGGGACCAGCUUUCUUACAAAUCCGCUAUGGAUAUGGUGAAAACCUGGUUUUUGGAUUCAAAAGGAGGCAAAGUAGAUUCUUGGAUAGAUGAUGAAGCCUUUUUCUCAUGGAAGAAUGACCCCAAGAACUAUGAGGAACAAUUACAACAGUUGCGGGUGCAAAAGGUACUAGUUCAGUUAUCAAAGAUUGGCGAUUCGACAUUGGAUUUACGUGCUCUACCACAGGGUCUUCUUUCCCUCCUACAGAAGGUUGAGCCAGCAACCAGAGAGCAAUUGAUCAGUGAUCUAAAAAAGUUGCUUAAUUGAUGAAGCAGCUUGUAACUAACGUUGCCAGCAAUUGUUGUCUGCCAUUUCUUCUAGGACAGUUUCCUGCCGGCCAGUGCAUCUGCCUGUUAAGAGGAGCAGAGCGGUUAGCACUCAACCUGUACUAUGAUGAUGGUUCUCUCUAUUAUAUGUUGGACAAGCUUGGUAGACAAGUGGUUUAAAUUUGUCUUGACGAGGUGUAAAUAGUAGCAUCUUGAGAGUGUAGGGUGUAGUCUUCAUUUGUUUGAGCAGAAAUAUUCUUUACGUAGCAGGCUCCUUUUUAUUGAAAUUACUGCAGCUCUUUAUGUAUAUUUGCAUUGUUAUCUUAGCCUGUCUAACAAUUGGUUAGCCUUGAAUGUCCAAAUAAAAUAUGAGCUGUGACUCAUGCUCCUGCUAUUCAGUACAAGUGUUUUUUCUCA